AUGAGAAAAAGAGGGUUCACCAUAUAUUCGGAUAAUAGCGGUAAUGGCGUAGUUUCAAAGAAAGCACCGUUGGGAACAUUGGCGACUGCUUGGGCGGCUCCCGCCACAAGGAAACCCUUGAUGGCAACAGACGUGAAUGUCUCAUCAAUAUUUUGCAAUGAUUCAAAGAAAGUGCUCUCUAAAGAUGCUGUGAAAGUGAAUGGUAAAAGUGAUGGUUCCAUUACCUCGAUGCAAUCGGUCCUGGAGACCGCCAAAACUGUGCCGUCGUACGAAGCGACGCGAUGUGCAGGUGUUACGAGAGUAGUUGCACGUGACUCAUCAAGCGAUUUACAGCGAGCAGUGGCUAGCGGCGUAGCGAGACUCAAUAGUCGGCUUCGAGUGUCUGGGAACGUUGGGUUUGAUCAAUUGGUCGAAUUCCAGGAGUUGAUGAUGUUGUCGGCGCACGAGUUGCUUGUUGUGGUCGACGAGUCUCGCUCGCUGGUGCUCCACAGUAAGAGCGCGCUGAGCGCGCAGCGAGUGGAUCGCUUUGCGUCGAUGAAGUUGGCUUUAAAUUCACAAUGCUAUUAUGUACUUUACAAUGACGUGUAUUGGUAUAUGCGAUGGAAGUUUUUUUAG